GUUGAUUUGACCUGUGGACUGGUCCACCAAUUCCCACGCCAGCUGGUCUGUGUCGGUUUUGGCAUCGAAACCACAGUCCCUGCCUGCCACCACCUGCCUGUGGAGGAGAGACUGUAGAGAUGGAGGCCAAAGGUGAAAUCAAUCUUGUAAAUGGGCAAACAACCUUUAUGUUGUACCGUGCUGUGUUGUCCGAGGACAGUGAAGGCAGUAUGAGCAAUGAGAGCAAGAAGCUACUGAACGUAGCGCUCUCGCCCAUGAGCAUUGCUCUCGCACUGGCGGUUGUCUCUGGCGGGUCAGCCGGAAACACGUUGACGGAAAUACUCAAUGUUCUCCGGCUUCCCACAAAUCUGGCUGCUGCUCAUUCCUCCUUGGCAUUUCUGCGCAGGAAUCUGCUUGGAGGGCCCACCUCUGCCUCCACUUCAGAUUCAGCUGCCGUGAAAGUUCAGAUUGCGACUGGACUUUGGGUGACUGAUCAGCUGCCGUUGAAAAAGGAGUAUGAGGAUCACGUUGCCAUGUACGAGGGUCGUGUGGUCCCUGCAGAUUUUGUCAGGGCAGCAUCACAAGUGCGUGAAGAAAUCAACCAGUGGGUGAGCAAUCAGACAUCAGGAAAGAUACAGGAGGCCGUCCCUGAAGGCCUGCUUUGCAAAACCUCUGUCUUUUUGCUUGUUAACGCGCUCUACUUCAAGGGAUCGUGGCAGGAAGUCUUCCCUAAACAGUAUACUGCCCCUGGGAACUUCAUGAUACCGGCCAAAGGUGGUGGCUUGGAGACUGUGUCAGUUCCGAUGAUGUGGAAUGAAGGAAUGUACAGAAUAGGAAAGCAGAACGGUUUUCGGAUUCUGCGAUUGCCCUAUCAGGUGGGGGGAGCGGAGGACCGGCGUCAACUGGCUAUGUAUAUUUUCCUCCCGGAUGAGGUGGAUGGGCUUGCGAAGAUGGAGGGAUCGUUGACUGCCGAAUUGCUUGAGGAGUCGUUCGAAAACAUGUCUGACAGCUACCUUGACAAACUUUUGCUCCCAAAAUUCAAAGUCGCAUCAGGCCUGAAUCUCAACCAGCCGCUCAAGGACAUUGGCAUGAAGAGCACAUUUGAUUCCCAAGUUUCCGAUUUCAUAAAGCUAUUUGAUUGUCAAUGUGGCGGAAUUUGCAUCUCUAAUGUCCUGCACAAUGCACGCGUUGAGGUAGAUGAGGAGGGCACAGUUGCUGCAGCGGCAACCGUUGUGGAGGCCCAAAUGGGCUGUUCGAUGUUUCGCCCCCCGCCCAAAGAGUUCAUUGUGGACCAUCCUUUCCUUUUCAUGAUACGAGAGGACACAUCCGGUAUGACUCUAUUUCUUGGUCGCGUUGUCGAUCCUAAGGCUUCUGAUUAGUUGUGAAUGUCGGAGUGUUUUUGCGGUCAUCAAUGGGAUGUCUAAUGGGUGGGUACAAUACCACAGGGUUC